UUGCAGCUAUGCACUCUGUUCUUCAUCUGACCUCUACGCAAACUCUUACUUUCUUACAUGAAGUAAUACGUAAGUCUUGACCAGAAAUGAGAAGGACUAAAACCGAAGAGCGAGUAUGGCUGCCAUGUUUGUUCCGCGAUCUGUAACUAGAAAGGUAGACAACAACCUCUCACAUAGGUCAAAUGCCAUCUCUACUGAAAAAUCACAGUUAACAAAGAUAGAGAUAAUAGAUGAACGAAAAUUGGCUACGAACGAAAGACAGAGACCUGUGGAAAGUGAUGAUCCAGGAGCCUCCACCAACCUGUUUGCGUCCUGCGUGAAAGAAACUUGCGUCAAAGAUAUAAGCAGAAAUGAUAUGGACAAAGGAGAAGACGAAGAAGUAGAGAAAGUGGUCUCAUAUAGUAAAAACCAGAGGUGGCCAGCACCUGGAGAACCGGUAUGCGUAAUUUGUGGGCGAUAUGGAGCCUACAUUGUGGAUCAAACAGACAGAGACGUCUGCAGUUUGGAAUGCAAAGCAAGACAGGCAAAGGAAUAUGAAGAGUUGCUAGACAGUUCGGCUGAAAACAGAGGAGUAUCACGAAAAAACGCUUCCUCGAACAGAACUAUCGCGAAGAUUUCAGUGGCCGAAAACAAGUUCCAAUUUCAAUACAAUGAACAUCCGGUUAUAGCAAAGUUAUUCGCGAGCAAGGUUGAUGAUAUUCGAGAGGCUCUAAACAUAAGGGUGAAGGGGAAUAAUGUAAGCAGACCUAUUCUAGAAUUCAAGCAUUGCCGACUAAGUAAAACUUUGGAAAGCAAUUUGAUUCGCUGCGGAUACGCUACUCCGACUCCUGUUCAAAUGCAAGUUAUCCCGGUGAGCCUUUGUUCCCGAGACGCAUUAGUCGGUGCACACACUGGUUCCGGAAAGACAGCGGCAUUUUUAGUGCCAAUUAUUCAGAGGAUUUACGCGGAAGUUGAGUUUUCAUUCAGUAUGAAAAGAUUAUCCAACAAUCCUUUUGGUGUGAUAAUGUCUCCAACAAGAGAGCUUUGCAUGCAAAUAGAGAAGCAAGCAAAGGAACUGAUGCAAGGCCUACCAAACAUGAAAACAGCAUUGCUGGUUGGUGGAAUGCCAAUUCCUCCACAGCUUCAUCGCCUUUCUUCGGGUGUACAGAUUAUUGUGGCUACCCCAGGAAGGAUGAGGGAAAUACUUAAUGUAGAGUCUGGUGUUGAUCUUUCUUCUGUCAAGGUCUUCGUCCUGGAUGAGGUGGACAUCAUGUUACAGAUGGGAUUUGAGCAACAGGUUCAAGAAGUAAUUGACAAGUUGCCAGCAGAGAAGCAGACCCUCAUGUUCUCAGCAACAGUUCCAACGUCUAUUGAAAUUGUAGCUGACAAGUUGCUUGUCGAUCCGGUGUAUGUCUCUGUUGGUUCACCUAGUGAACCAAAUGCUUCAGUCAAACAGAUUGUACUGUGGGUAGAGGAACAAUUUAAGAAAAAACACUUGUUUUCUCUUCUUCAAGACCCCAAGUAUUUCAUGCCUCCUGUUGUUGUAUUUGUGAAUUCUAAAAUGGGAGCUGAUCUGCUUGCAGAGGCAAUACAGAAGGUUUGCAAAAUUUACUGCUUGUCGAUACAUGGAGACAAAUCACAGCAAGAAAGGAGUAAGAGUUUAGAGUUGUUCCUUGGUGGUGAAUGUUCUGUUCUUGUAUGCACUUCCCUGCUGGGUAGGGGAAUGGAUCUUUCCAAAGUUCGACAGGUGAUCAACUUUGACAUGCCAUCUUCUAUUGAGGAAUACAUUCAUCAAGUAGGACGAGCAAGCAGGUUAGGAUCCACUGGCUGGGCAUUAACUUUUAUCAACAAUACAAAUAAACUUGUUUUUUUGGACUUAGUGGAGACUUUGCAGCCAUUAGGGGUUAAUUUCCCUAAUGAGCUACUUAAUUCACCUUACUUUCAUCAACAAAAACAGCGUGACAAAGUAUCUUCUACGAAACGAAAAUGCAAACAUUCCGUGGUGACUCAGGAAAGUCUCAUGGACUUGAUUAACGAUUAUUCAAAAAGAAGAAAGGAGGUCCCCUAGUGCAAGCGGAUGGAAGAAUCGUUUUCUGAAAGAUCGAGAAUGAAUGUGUGUAAUUUUACCUUGUAACCAAUAAAACUACGUACUAUUGCG